AUGCACGUGACCGAAUAUUGGGGGAACCGGAAAGCCGCGCCCGUAGCAGCGUCAAACACAUCCUACACAUUCCACACAGACGCCCAACCCUCCCGCGGGAUGGCCCUAAGUUCCGAGUUCCACAUGCCAGGCGCCUUUCACGCCGACAGCGUCUCCUUCUUCAACAGCCGCCGACCAGACUCCCCCUCGAGGCCGCCAUCACCGUCAAGUCAUCUCCCCGCCCAGCCAUCGUACGACCACGGAUCCUUCAAGCGAAAACGUCGCCAGUCCACCGCCGAGUAUGCGAGCACCACCCCCCCGUACGCUAGGCCCUACGUCCUGGCCGGCCAGCUGGAUACCUCCGCGGCGGACGGAGGGCCCGGGUCGGACACCAUGGGCGAGAGCGUGGCCGGCUCCUUCACCGGGUUCCAUGCCACCGGUGGCGGACGCGGGUACGACAUCCAGCCUAGCGUGGAGAGCAUGUCGACACAGCCUCAGCAGCUGGACGGCAACUGCCAUCACCAAAGCCGCACGUCGAUCCCCGGUCGCUUCCCGGACUGGUCGGAACGAUUCCACCACCGCGAAGACGAGAUGUACAGCAGCAGCAGGGAAUCGACGCCGGCACCAGCACCCAAGAGGCGGCAGACGACGGCCGAUGAGCUCGGCCGCAACUGGGUCAUGGUGCACGACACGACGGCAAUCAGUCGCUCCGGAACGCCCGAACCGCCCCGCCCACCGACGCGGAACAGGAACCACGGCCCGUCCGUCACCACCGGUCGCCGCCUCAGCACACCGGGAGGUGGGGCGGCCAUGCACAUCCGUCGUCCCGGGACGGGCAGGCUAUCUCUGGCUACGACGCCGGCCUCGACGCCGGCCUCUUCGGCAUCGUUCGCCUCUGCGCGGUCCGCAUCCCCCAUCAUCAAGACCAGCCACGCUCCACCGCCGCUACCACACACGCCACGCCGCCAGCACCACCACAGAGCUUCCCUGGGCGGCAGCGGCGGGGGUCGCCGGCGCAGCAACUCGACGGCUCCUACUCCUGCUUCUCUCUCUGCUUCUGCCUUGGGCCGUGUCGGCAAGGAGGUUGGAGGCGGUGAGGCCAAGAGCAGUCCGCGUCUGGAUGAAGAGGUGAGGAAGCUGGCAGCCAGGAGGAGGAGAGAGGCCCAGAAUGCCGACGUGCGCAUGAAUGCGUUUAGCAAGACGAUUCAGGACAUGAUCCGGCAGGGGCAGGAGGCCCUGGCUACCACUGUCGAGGUGCAAGGUGAUGAUGGGGAUGGGAAGUGGGAGGAUGAGUUUGACGAUUAG